AUGUGUACUGCUGUCGGAGAGAUCUUCUCCGCAGCAGGAGCUGCCUUCACCAAGCUGGGGGAGUUAACCAUUCAGCUCCACCCAGUAUCAGACUCCAGCCCUGCAGGAGCCAAAUGGACGGAGACGGAGAUCGAGAUGCUGCGAUUGGCCGUGCGUCGCUUCGGAGACGAUCUCAACAACAUCAGCACCGUGAUCAAAGAGCGUACUGUAGCUCAGAUAAAGAGCACGGUGAAGAGGAAGCUGUACGAGGACAGCCGCGUGCCCAUUUCCUCCGAAUCGCCGAAGAAGACCGUGAAGAAGACCGCCAUGACGACGGCUCCGGCGCUCGCCGCGUCCGCCAUGAUCGCCGUGCCGACCUCGCAGGUUGUCGUGGCAACGGGCAUGCAGAACAGCCCCUCCUCUCUGGCCCCGCCCCUCAAGAAACAGAAGACUGCAGACGUGACUCUGAGCGCGCUCAACGACUCUGACGUGAACAGCGACCUCGUGGACAUCGAAGGACUCGGAGACGGAUCAUCCAACAAGAAGCUCAACUUUGACCAAGAGAGCCUGAACCUGGACUCCAGCCUCAUCAUGAACUCCAGUGACCUCCCGCUGCUGUCCCGCUGACCUCUGACCUCUCACCCGAGCAGCAGACACCAACCAACCUUCUUUUUAUUUUAAUUUUAUUUCCCUAAAGGCUCCGCUCUGCUGUUUACCCGACGCUCAUCUCUCCACAUUUUAGAUCAACACACACACACACACACACACACACACAUCUCUCUGCGUUGUGUUAAUUCUUUUGUUGUCAAAAAACUCAAUUUUUCAAAAAAUGAGAAAUAAUCCUUAUCUUUUUUUUUUUUCGUGCAGCAGAAUUAUGUUUUCAGCAGGGCUGCCCUCUACUAAAGAACUCCUUAGUCCACUAACACUUAUAGGAUUUUGUCGACUAAUCGAUUAGU